AAGAUUAGAUGAUAACAAAGUACAAGAACAAUCGAAAUCACAUAAUAAAAAAAUAGAAAAGAACAGAGAAAGAAAAAAAAAAGUCUUAUAAACCAACCACGAAGUUCAUUGAACACUCACUGAACGCAAACGUAGCGGAGGCGAAGCGGAGUGAACGCAAAAUGACUUAAAAGACUCGAAAGACGUCGAAGGAGAAGAGGACAGAAGGGGUCGACGACGCAAAACCGCGGGCGCAGCAAGGGACGCGAGGGGCGCGAGUGCGAUUUCGAAUGACGCAACAGGUCACCUCCAAAACGCCUCGUGAUUCUGGCGUGACCUUUUAUGAACAAUCAAGUCAGUUAGUGCAGGCGGAAACAAUGACAGACGGCAACAGCGACUCAGCCGAGGAAACCUUGGGAAGCAGCGCCACUCGCCUCAAUUCCUCGGACACAACUAGUAGCUACGAUGAUCUUGCUAGUUCCUCCGACACGACUGGCACCCCUAGCAUAGCAGGCCUCGCUGCUGCUCUGACUACCCGGAACUGUUCCUCUCUCGCCACCAGCUCUCCCAUCUCCGCUAGUUCUCCUGAUGCGGCUAGCUAUCCCGCUAGUUUCGGCGACUCGGCUCGCAGCGGAGAUCCAGGGAGCCUCAUGAACUCGGCUAGCCAUCGCAACUCAACUAGCCUUCCCGAAGCGGCUGCGCGCGAAGGUUCAGCUCUUCCCGGCAGCUCGGCGAGGCUCACCGCUACUGACGGAGGAUUCCCCGCCACGCCCCUGCCACGAAGCUCGCCUCUCGCGCCCACCUCCUUCGCGAUUCCUUCCUCCUUCGCGCCGCCGACUACAGCGCCUCCUUCGGCCUUGUCUCCUCGUCCCUCCUCGCCUGCUUCCCGUUCUUCGUCUGUUUCUUCAUCCGAUUCUUCUUCCUGUUCUUCGUCAGUCUCUCCAUCCGUUCCUUCUUGUUCUUCGUCUGUUUCUCCUUCUUCCGUUCCUUCUUCUUGUUCUUUGUCCGUUCCUCCUUCAGUUCCUUCUUCCUCUUCAUCGAGGAGCAAGAGAUAA